GUCCCAGGAGGUCCGUGGUGAGAUUAAAAGUUUGCGAUCAACUCGAACGAGGUUACUCUAUCUAGAAGCUGUUGGGUGGUCACAGAGAUGUUAUUGGGAUUCAUUGACGUUUUCCCCGUCGUUCCAAGUCGCUCCAAGCUCCUUACCAGUCAGUGCUGGACAGGGGGGUUGUAAAAUGCACAGGCUACAUGGUUACAGGGGGUAAAAAUAUUCGUCUGAUGAUAUUUUGGUCGUUCACGCUGGGCGCUACUGGGUGUCGCUGGCAAACAGCUCAGACCUGCGGAGUAGCGACCCCCCAGGGCAGUGUUAGGCUACUGAAGAGGAGCAGCUCUUUCUCUGUGCAGGACCAAAUAACCGAAUCGACCCUUAUAUUAGAUCACGAGAUAUGCAAUCGAUGGGAGCGCGGAGGAAGACCACCGAGGAAGGAAGGACGCCGCAUGCAGAUGGACCGGUGCCAAAAUGACGGAUUGACCUUGUUGUCCCACGAAGCCCCCGAGGCGGUGACAUGGAGGGGACAGACGUCUCCUUCGCUUUCCCAAUGACCACCAGGGCAUCCGAGCGGUCGAGUGGAGACAUGGCCGGUUUUGGAUAGCCAAAUUACGGCUAAUUAAUACAGCGCGCGUAAUUACUCAUUACGCGCGCUAACAUUUGAAUCAACACUUUUAUGCCCCAACUUUUAUUUUUUUUCAACUUUUCUUUUGUUGCUCAUAUUGAGUUAAGACAUGUGGAAUGCGUUUGGGAACGGCUCGGUUUUGCCAGCUGCUGGUGGUGGAGGUGGCGGGGGAGGAGGAGGAGGAGGAGGCGGCUACGUCCCGUCCCAGGGCUGGGAGUUCAUCCCGAGCUCCAGGCUCCACAGGGCGGAGGGAGGCAGGAGCAAGAGCCGCAACCCGCUCCGGAGAGUCUCCUCCCCGCCCACCGUAUUCAGCCACAUCUUCGAGCCCCAGUCCGCCGGAGCUUCACUCGGAGGGUUGGCGCAACUUGAAGCGCUAAGGGGCCAACUCUGGAGCGACCCCGAGGCUCAGCAGCAGAACCAGCAGCAGCAGCAGCAGCAGCACUAUGCUCGGCUGAAGAAGAAGUUGGAGGACUUGAAGAGGCGACACGGACAGGACAAAGAGGACUGGAUGCGAGAGAAGGAGUCGCUCCUGAGAGAAGUGGCUGACAUACAAGGAGGGGAGAACAGGAGGAUAUUGCUGGACCUGAAGACGGUGUUGGAGGACGUGCAGGGGGAGGUGAAGAAAGAGGAGGAGAAGAGGAGCGAGCUGCAGCUGCAGUACACCACGGACAGGUGUGCCUGGGAGCUGGAGAAGGCGGAGCUCCAAAGCAGGAUUGCGCAGUUGGAGGCUAAGGAAGGUGGUGUGUCAGCCAGAGGAGGUGGAGCUCAGGUCCAGAUCCAGAGAGCAGCGGCAUCAGCCCGCAGCCUGUGGGGCUCACCGCGAACGGACGUCCCGCCACCCCCACCUCCACCUCCAGGGGAGAGGGACCCGCGCUACGCCGCCAUGGACCUGCAGUUCCGGGCGGAGCACAGCGAGAGGGACUGGCUGCGGGAGAAGGCGGAGCUUCUGCGGCGCUUCGACUCAGAGAGGCGGGACUGGGAGAGCCAGCUGAGGGACAUGCAGAGGAAGAUCGAGACGCUGUACUGUGAGGUGAGGACCAGGCGGGAGCCCCCGGGCCCUGAGACCCUAGGGGGGGACGCAGGGGGCCAGGACCUCCUGCUGAGGCUCAGCACCUCCGGCUCCACCAGCACCGACUCCAGCACGCGCAGCAACCAAUCGCACGCCGGCCCCGGGGACCGCGGCGGCCAAUCAGAGGUCCCGAAACAACCGCCGCUGCCCGGGUACUACCGGCGCAGCGUGGCGGACGGCGAGGUCAACGGCGGGCGGCCGGCGGGGGCGGGGACACGAGGGCCCCCCAUUGGCCCCGCCCACCGUGGUCAGGGCCCCCCCGAGGCGGUCGAGAGCGGCCCCCGGGGGAAGGCGUCGACGGGGGGGAACGCCGGGAACGAGGAGACGCGCGUGAGGGCGGAGCUGGGAUACGGGAGCGAGAAGAAGAGGAACACCACCGCGCUGAACGCUGCCUUGAGAGAGAUAGCCCGUGUGAGUGAGGAGCUUUGCAGCUACCAGGAGGAGAUCAGGAGGAAGGCGGAGAAGUACGAUAAGAGGCCCGGCCCAGAACCCUGCGUCGAGGUCCAGAAGAAGCCCCCCGAGCGGCCCGGUACCACGGGCUCCGUCCUCGCCUCCCGGCCUCUCUGCGACUUCACCCAGAUCUACCAGGACCUGCGCGCCCUGGAGCGGGAAGACUGGACCGGCCCGGCCGCCGUCGACCCCUGGCCCACCGUCAGAGAGGGAACUCCCGCUCUGACCCCCGGCCGCGACCCUCCAGAGGCCGACGCCCCCCCGCCCGCCGUGCCCCCGCGCUCCACCUCCUGGGGCGUGAGCAGCCCCACCCACCCCGAGACGGAGCUCCGCGUCCUGGAGACCCCCACGGCCGCCGCCAGCGCCGCCAGGAGGUGCCACAGCCCGUGCGCCUCGCUGGGCCGGCCGUGCAACAGCCCCUCCAUCGUGCGCAAGUUCGAGGCCAUGCUGCAGGAGAACGAGGGCAAGACGCUGGCGGGGUGCCCCGCCUCCGCCACCAACGCCGCCGGGGGCGGGGCCGGGGGCGGGGCCUGCCUCGCGCCCGCCAACCCCAACUGCAACCUGGGCUGCUGCCACAACCGCUGGCCCUCCGGCGAGAGGCUGGCCCCGGGGGACCGGGGGGCCCCGUGCAAGAGCCCGUCCGAGCGGAGCGUGGGGACGGCCCUGAGGGAGAGGAGCCCCCAACGCACUGGGAAGGACCCCCCGCCAGAGGCGCCAGUGGAGACCCCCCCCAAGCUGCCGCAGAGCCCCCGGAGGAACGUGCUGCUGGAGCAGAAGACGGCCGAGUUCAACCGCACCCUGUUCCAGGCCGAGAUGGGCCGGGGGGUCCCCCCGGAGAGGGACAACGACUCCCCCCCCCCCGCCGGUUCCUCGGUGGGGGGUCACGACGCGAGGAGCGCCGGGGGAGCGGGGGAGGGGGUCCGGUUACACCCGGAGAGGAGUCCGAACCCGGGACCCCGGAGCGUGGGGGUCCCCUGUGACGGAGCCAGCGCUGUUCCCAAAGCGUCCCCUGCGGUGCCCCCAGCCCCUGCCGCCGACCCCCCCCCUUCCCAGAACCCCCAGGUCCGGCUGAGGAAGACCAGCAGGGACUCAGCUCGGGGUCAGGAGGUCAGAGGUCAGCGGGACGCCUCCCCCGCCCCCGCCGCCGCCGCCGCCCCGGACCUCUCCCUCAGCCACUCGCUGACGCUGUUCAGCGAGGUCACCGUGGCGACCACCCGCACCAAAGCCCCCGGCCCCGACGACGACACCCGCCGGCCACGGCGAGACUGUGCGGACCCCGUCUCCGGGGGCCCUUCCGGGACGCGCUCCCCCAGGCAGAGGCUCCGCCCGGCCCGGGACGGGAGCCCCCCGAGGCGGCCGGCCGGGAAGACCCCGCGGACCACGCCGGAACCGGACCCCCGAGGGAAGCAGCAGGGGGUCGCCCCCUCUUCCACCGUCCCCCCGCCAGACGCCCGACGGCCCGGCGGGGGCGGGGUCAUGAGCGACCACCCCUGGAAGCCCCUCACGCUGGCGGCGUACCCCCGGCCCGAGGGCUCGCGCUCCAACUACGGCGCGGUGGAGCGCAUCCUGAAGAGCUACGGGGAGAGGGCGGCGUGGGCCAGCCAGGCCGCCUCCGCCCCCGACCUCAGCCCCCGGCCCCCCCCCCCCCCCGGAGGAGGAGGAGGAGGAGGAGGAGACGGACGAGGAGGAGGAGGAGGAGCUGGAUCACGUGCACUACUCGCACGCCUCCCACACGGCCCACACACACACCUCCUUCUCCAAGGUCAGCCACAGCUCCGCCAGUGGGAAGGCGAUCCAGCUGAACAUUCAGGAGCAAGAAGACUACCGGUGGGACGAGUAGCACCAAAUGACGGCGUCUCUCCGGCAGGCUCCACCCCCUCACCGGCAGGCUCCACCCCCUCGCCACGCCCCGCCCGGAGGAACUUCUCCCGCCCGGCCUGCCCCGCCCACCGCCGCCUGCCCUCCCGCUGGGCCAGCCGCUCCCUCUCCUCCUCCUCCUCCUCCUCUUCUUCCUCCGCCUUCUCCUCCUCCUCCCCCUCUUUCGCCCCCGUGGCUCCGCCUUCCACCCCCCUCCCCCUCCCUCAACCUCUCCACAAGCGCCACCCCCCCUCCUUUGUCUUCUCACACGCCUUCCACACGGAGGCCCUCAUCAUCUGACCUCUGAACUCUAGACCCCCCCCCCCCCCCGGAACACCCAAUGACGACGUGGCUCCCACCCUGAUGACGGCGAGGCUCCUCCCCUCUCUCGUGACUCCGCCUCUCUCUGUGUGACCUCGAUGUACAGAACCAACGCAGACGUCCGUCCUCACUUCCAGAUAAAGUGCUUUAGCUGUGGGUUUCGUCCAGCCCCCUCUUUGUAGAAUGUAUGACGGUGCGGACCUGGGGAAGGACCCGGUGGACUGACCAGAGGUGGGGCGGUUCUUAAACGAGGGAGCCGUCCUUGCAGCCCCGCCCCAACGACCAACAGACCACCAGACAGCCAGCGCCUCUCAUGCUCGCUGCUCUCCGCUCAGGUCUGAGAUCCUAGCCUUUAACUAGUGUAGCUAUGCCCAUCGAACAACAACGGCAGCAUCAGACACUACAGACGCCAACGACUCUCGCUUUGGUCCCCGUAUACACGCGCCACACUGCCGAAAGUAAUGCUCUAUCGUUUACUCUCUUUUUUUGUCGUUUUUAAGAGCCUUCCAAAUGAACUCCAUGAAGUCGAUUUGAGACACUCGUCCGGUUUAGUGCUUUUAAUGCGUAUCCUAGUAUGCAACGGCUUGAGUUUUCCGUUGGUACCAAAAUUACCUGUUGCGUACAAAAUAUGCAGACAUAUAUCAAGAAGAAGAAGUGUAGAGGAAUUUUCAUUCCUGGAAGCCAAUGUUGCAGUUUUCUACAUCAUCUUUUUCAGUGUGGUGAGGGAGCAGUCUCCCAUCUAUGCCUGGACCUUCCCUGUGACUUCAACAAAUUUUGCUUUGCCUUCGUGACCGGCGUGACAUGCUAUGAAAGAAAGAAAUCAUCCGUGUCUACUUGAUGUUGGAAGAAAUACACUUUCUUUUUUUGUACCAAUUGGACAUUUCUUUACAUUCUGUACAUCGGUUUUAUCCUGUUUUGUAUGUUUGACCUCCUGCUCUGCUCAUUGAUUAAGCUUUGGAAUCGUAACGCCAUCUCAUCAUGAAUCUCAAAUCUGGUGAGCCGGGGUUUUGGAUAUAAAUAACGACAAUGCAAAGACACACACUACAGCCUUUUUCUACCUUUACUAGCUCUGAAUGACUGCGUGUAUACGGCCUUCGUUCAGACCAGUAGUGCAGUUAAGACUCAGUAGAAUAGCUCAACACAACAUCAUCCAAGUGACAACACCUUUGCUGUUAUUUUUGUGUAAUAAAUGUAACUGGGCCUUAUACAGUA